AUGUCUGGGGGCGCGGGCCUGGGCGCGGGCAGCCCGGGGCCAGCGGCGCCCGGGGCGGGGAGCGGCGGGGCGGCGGCGGCGGGGCCGUUCCUCUACCGGCAGCCGGUGACGCAGGAGCAGGAGGGUUUCGCCGACGGCUUCGUCAAGGCCCUGGCCGACCUGCACAAGCAGAACCAGCUCCUGGCGCCGCCGCCGCCACCGCUCUCCGCGCCGGGACCCUGCUGCACCGCCCGCCCGGGGCCGCCGGGACCCCCCGCCGCUGCCGCCGCCGACCCUCCGGCCGUCUACACCAACUUGAGCGGCUUCAACCCCGCGGGGCCGCUGAGCCCCUCGGGCAGCGCCUACCCCGCCGCCUCCGCCCCGCCGCCGCCGCCGGGCCUGGCCUUCGGCGCGGCGGGUCUGGGGAGCGGGCGGCUGCCGCCGGCGCGGUCCCUGGAGGAGCCGCAGACGGUGCCCGAGGUGCCGCCGUCGGCGGGCGGGGAGGGCGGUAGCAGCGCGCCGACGCCGCCGUCGCUGUCGCCGCUGGACGCGGAGAGCCAGGAGCGGCUGAAAGCAGAGCGCAAGCGGCUGCGGAACCGCAUCGCCGCCUCCAAGUGCCGCCGGCGGAAGCUGGAGCGCAUCGCCCGGCUGGAGGAGAAGGUGAAGGCGCUCAAGGGGCAGAACGCCGAGCUGGCCGCCACCGCCAACCUCCUCCGCGCCCAGGUCACCCAGCUGCAGGGCCGCGUCCGCAGCCACCUCUCCUCGGGCUGCCACAUCAACGCUGCCGGGCAUCCUCCUCCUCAUGCCGCCGCCCAGCCCAGGGAGGCUCCCCCCGAGGCGGCCGUCGCCGCGCCGGAGACCAGCGCCUGCUGAGGAGGGACACCCCGCCGGCCCCGGCCCCAUCCCGCCCGGGGGCACCGCGGGGCCAAGGGGACAUGAGUUCUUGUGCUGGAGUUCUGCUUUGGGUGGUAUCCUCUCAAGUCAGUGAGGACUAACUGAAGAAACAGCAAAUCCAACCUUUAUGAACUAAUUCUUCUGAAGCACACAGACACCUGCAAACACAUGUCAAGACGUUGUGCAUGGAUACCAGCAUGCAUAGAGAAGGGCAUGGCCACAUAAAGGAACUGUGAUUUUCCUUAGCUGCAGCAGUACACGAUGGGGUUUUUCAUAUUCUUUUGUUGUGGUCAAGUUGUUCCAGAAGAAAACUAAGCUGCAUUUCUGUCUGUGAUUACAAUGUGAUUUUUUUUUAGAUUUCCAGUCAUAUCAGAGGACUGUCAAAUCUUGCAAUGCUAAGUUAACACAAGAAGACAAUUUUGAAGUCACAUUUAGCCUUAAUGUUUUCUGAAGUGCUGCAGUUUGUGUGUAGUAGUUUACUGUAAAGUGAAGGGAUGGUUAUUAUAAAUAACGUUUGUAAGGGAGUCGCCCUGAAAAAUUACCUAUCUGCCAUUUGCUUUUUUGUGCACUAUCAAAAAGUCUGUAUCCGUAGUGUAGCUAGCUGUAAAUUGGGUUUUGCUCUGAGUUUCUAGUACUAGUAACAAACAUAGUCUGCAAUAGUUUAAGGAGUAUAUAUUGUGGCUAAAUGGCUUUUCUGAAAGAAUUAUAGUUUCUGUAGGAAUGCUUUGAAGUGAUGGUUGGGUAUGAAGCCUUGCUAACAUGGAGAUAAUAGAUAUGACCAGUUCACUGUGCACUAAUACACUGCUGGAUUCUGAUAUUUAGCACACUGCUGAUAAGAUUUACUACUACUGUUACUUACUGGUUAAGACCUAGUUAUGGGUGGAAUUGUAAGCCACCUAAAUAAGGUCCAUACAGUCCGGAGAGCUGUGUCACUGGAGAUCAGUAACAGACCCUCCAUCCCAUCCCAAGGGAAAAAAAAAAUAGUCUUUGGUUGCAGUCUGUUUGUUUUGGUUUUGCAAAUUCAGUUACUUUUUCUAGAUUAAGUCCUACUUUACUCUUCCCUCAAAAUCUUUUUAAAUAAAUUUUAAAACCUUUCUGCUUAGUACCUUGAAGCAUCUCUUGCAACUGUUCCAUUACAUUCAGUGGCAACUGUGCAAUUGUGGUGUUACUUCUGUGAUAGAUGGAAAAAGCUGAGGCUGUAAACAGUCAGGUUUCUCACUGUAUCCUUCUUCUUAGACAGUGGACUGAACUUACAAAAUCAUGACCAGUAACUUGAACUCUGAGGAGCUGUUUGGUAUCAUUUUCUUGUACUCUUCAGAAAGUGUCCUGCUGCCCUGAGGGAUGUGUGUCCCUCCUGCCUCAUACGGAAAAUUGACCUUUAAAAAUUAACAGUCUUAAAAAUAAAUAAAUAAAUAAAUAAAUAAAUGACUUCUGGUACAUGCUGAGCAGUUUGAAAGAUAACACAUUGAGCUUGACAAUCUUUCCCACACCUCUCUUUCAUAAAUUUCCUGAUUUUCUUGUAAUGAAGGACACAAGUAAUGAGGUGGCAUAGAAUAAAGUUAGUGCACUGUUCCAGAGAAUGUGUUUAGGAUACCCUCCUUUUUCCCUAGUAACUGCUAUGGAAAGAUAGCAGUAGAAGAUACUGAAAUAAAAUCUACCCUUCUUCAUGAGCAGGUUGAACUCUUGUUCAGAGGUUGAACUCUUGUUUUUUUCCAACUCUUACCAUUCUGUCUUUUAAUAUUCUUAUUGGUAGGGUGACAGAAAUAGUGAGAAAAUGCUAACCAAUAAUUGGGAAAUUAAAUAUUCUUGUUGUAUAUAAUAUGUCACAUAAGCUAUGCCAUUAGUAGCUAGGACACCUUUUUACAAGUCUGCUAGAUGACACCUUCAGAACUGAGAAUUCCUAAAAUACAGCCUAAGUGUCAUUACCAGUCCAAACCAUUUUCUGCCAGUUACUAGAAUAGUAUUGUAAAUCUUUGUGAUUUUUGAAAGUCUUUGUGUACACCCUAGUGAAAUCACAGCACAAGCUGAUAUGUCUGUGGUAUUUUUGUGGUAUGAUAUCACUUUCCCAGCAGGCCAAAAAUGUCAAAGUUUACUUUUUUAUUCCUUUCCCUAUUGAUAAUAGUUAGAUAUGCUAGUUGGAGGAAUCAACAACAGUAAGGAAAAAAAAAAAAGGAAUCCAAGGAAGAAAUAGUAUUUAUCUC